UCGUUAGUUCUUUCUUGAAUAGCGUAAUAUCGAGUUGGAUAUCUCCUGCUUGUUCAACGUUGAGAAAGAUGAAAUAUUUGGCACUAUUUUUCACAUUUACCACUUUUGCUCUUGCUGCGAAGCUUCCUGCAAAUCAAGAAAAAUGUGCACCAGGAAAUUCAAACUGUUUACUUAAAGUGGCAAAUGAAAUCAUUUCGAAAGGAAAAACUGGAUAUGCUGAAAUUGGUUUGCCGGUUUUGGAUCCAUUGAGAAUUGAGAAACUUAAUAUUGAGCAAGGUGGAGAAAGUCCAGUGAAUCUCAAGAUUUAUUUGAAGAAUGUUGAUAUGUCGGGAUUAUCGGAUGUUAAAUUUAAUAAAAUCGAAGGGUUUUCUGCGAACUAUGACAAGGAAAAGACUGAAUUCCGCUUCCGUUAUCCAGUUCUUAAUAUUUAUGGACCUUAUAAGAUGGAAGGCAGAGUCUUAGUGCUUCCAGUUCAAGGAAAUGGAAUUAUGAACCUGACAAUGUAUGAUAAUGACAUUGUUUACAAAGUUCAAACAAAAAAAGUCGUGAAAAAUGGAAAAGACUACAUACAAAUUGAUAAAUCAAAGCUUGACUUUGUCACACCAAGUCUCACAGUGCACUUUGGGAAUUUAUUUAAUGGCAACAAAGAGUUAGGAGAGACAACAAAUCGUUUCUUUAAUGAAAACUGGAAAGACAUUCUCAAGGAAAUUAAACCGGCAAUCAGUGAAUCGAUCGCAGCAGUUUAUCAAGCGCUCAUUAAUAAUGUGCUAUCAAACAUUCCGCAAGAAGAAUUGUUUGCAGUCUGAAUGUGUUUACUAACAUUUGUAAAAAAAAAUCGAAACAAAAGAUUUUUGCAGAAAAAUUUAAAUUUUGCAUUUUUUUUAUUCAGGAAAUCAUUUUUUCAAGCUUUGUUUUACGAUCUUAACGUUGAACAAUAAAAACGUUCAAACGUCUU